UACGACAAAAGUGGCUCUGCAAUUAGAAAUGCAGUACUUGUUCUCAGUAGUUUGUUCAACUGGAUUAAGAGAUCGUCUUUUGCCAUCAUUUAAAUUCCUAGAUGUUCUGAUGCGGUGGAUGUUUGUGUCGAUGUUCGCUACUUUAGUGCUGCUGCAUUAGAAUAAGGACAUCAGUGUGUGACAUGUGUUCAUGCAGACAUAACAUGAAUCUGUCCCAGCAGACUGCUUCCGUCCCCUCAUAUUUCUGCCCCACUUCACAGCAGCACUGCUAUUAAAACCACUGCCUGUGCUCACUAAAUGUGUGGCCUUUCCUCCAAAUCACUCAUUUUAUUAUUCAUUUACGUAUUCAGGAUUGUGCAUCCUGCACCUUCUGAGCAGGUUACUACUGUAAUGAUCAGAAAAUGUUACGUCCUUUUUCUAAACCAGCAGAGGUUUAUCUUUCAGUGUUGCACAAAGGGAGAAGGGAAGCAAGACAAAAGUCCCUCUGCUAACCCUAAGAUAAGAUAUUUCUUUAUUAGUCCCACAAUGGUGAAGCAUCUGGGGAGCCGUAAUCUAUAGUUCAUUAAUUGUAGGUGUGUAGAGUCGUGUGUUUGCACGCAUUACAACCAGAACAUCCACCUCUACUUUGCUCAUUCAAAAUAACAGCUAACUUUGGACUUGGGACAGAUGUGUGUGACGCACUGUUUCCCAUAAUGCACUUUGCUGCUGUGCUGAUAAGCCCCCCCCCUCAGUGGCGGGUUUGUUGGUCAGAAGUCCGGGAAGAAAGAACAGAACAGGAAUGUGUGGAUGGAACCGACCUGCCGAGCAACCAGUCCUCUUUGGAAUGGGAGGCAAAACGUCACACUGGUUUGACUGUUAUUAUGCUGACAAACACCACACAACAAGUUCCCGCAAAGAAAACUCCGCUGUUUGACUUCCACAGGGAGCACGGGGGCAAGAUGGUGGAGUUUGCGGGCUGGAGUAUGCCGGUCCAAUACAAAGACAGCCACAUCGCCUCACACAUGCACACCAGAGAGCGCUGCUCCAUCUUUGAUGUCAGCCACAUGCUGCAGUCCAAAGUCCACGGCAGAGACAGGGUGAAGUUCAUGGAGUCUCUCGUAGUUGCUGAUAUCGCAGAACUCAAGGACAACCAAGGCACGUUGUCCCUCUUCACCACUGAGAAAGGAGGGAUUAUCGAUGAUCUCAUUGUGACCAGGACGGACCAGGGCUACCUCUACGUCGUCUCCAACGCCGGCUGCGCCGACAAGGACUCUGCUCAUAUGAAGGCCAGACUGGCAGAGUUCAAAGCUGCAGGUUUCGAUGUGGAUCUGGAGUUCCUUGAUGCGGCGCUGAUUGCUGUGCAAGGUCCGUCCAUGGCUCGGGUGCUGCAGGAGGGGCUGAAAGAGGACCUCGCUAAGCUGACCUUCAUGACCUCCACCGUGGCCACUGUGUUUGGUGUUCCUGGCUGCAGGGUCACUCGCUGUGGAUACACCGGAGAAGACGGGGUGGAAAUCUCUGUCCCUCAGUCCAGAGUGGUGGAGCUGACGGAGAAGCUGCUGGCUAACGGUGAGGUGAAGCUGGCCGGUUUGGGCGCCCGGGACAGUCUGCGGCUGGAGGCGGGGCUUUGUCUCUACGGAAAUGACAUAGAUGAGACCACCACGCCCGUGGAGGCCACCCUAGUAUGGACCAUAGGAAAGCGUCGGCGUCAGAACAAGGAUUUCCCCGGCGCGGACGUCAUUGUGCCUCAGAUCAAAGCCAAGACGGCCAGGAAGAGAGUCGGCCUGGUGUCCUCCGGCCCGCCCGUCAGACAGCACACGCCCAUACUCAGCCCUGACGGAAAGGUCAUAGGUGAAGUGACCAGCGGCUGCCCGUCUCCCUGCCUGAAAAAGAACGUUGCCAUGGGUUACGUGGAUGCAGCGUUCGCUAAAAAUGGAACAGCCAUCCAGGUCGAAGUCAGGAAAAAAGCAGUGGCAGCCACCGUCAGCAAGAUGCCCUUCGUCCCCACCAACUACUAUUCUGGAUAGGAGGGACGCGCAGACACACACACAUACAUUCAUACACAGCACACGUUAUCACACUGGAUCGUUCCUGCGCUCUGUCCCAUAUUUACCAACGCCGCCCCCUUCUGUUUACCUCCAGCAAUGCACGACUAGUGUGGGUCUUCACUGAUGAGUCCUCUGAGAGGAAAUAAUCCAAAAAUGCUAAACUGUUAUGCGAUACAUGAUGUGUUCCUGUCUGAUGAUCAGACACUGUCACUGUGUCGCACAUUAAAUGCAUGACAGUUUGCCUCUGAGACACUGAAGCAGUGAUGUCCGUUUCCACAUGAUGAACUGACCGGACCUCACGUGUCAUAAAAAGAACUUGUGCUGGACAUUUCAAACUCGCUAAAUAACAGACAUCAUCUAGUAACACGGUUUCACGUAUGGAUGUGUGCGCAUGAAAUUAAUUACAAGCGGCAUUGUUGAGCCAGAACAUGUUUGUAUAAUGUUAUGGGCUCAGAUGUCCCAUUAACAAGAUUCCCAAACCCAAGUCCUGUUUUUCUUUUUUAAACUUGGACACUGGGUUAAGCUGAUUGGCUGACAGAGUAGAACUAGUGAGGCUGCGUAGAUCCGUAAACACAAUGAUUUCAUUGACUUUUUGUUGUAGUAUAUAAGUUUUGCUAAUGAAAAGUGAGAUAAUUUAUGCUGGACCAAAACCAUAAGAUUCCAAAUGGUGCUUCUGAUGUUCAGUCCCUGCAUGUGUGUGGGAUUUGAAAGGCUUUGACAAGAUGCAGUCAGCGUUCUAUUCAUGUUGUUGUUAGUUGAAAACCACUUGAUUAACGGAGGUGAAAAUUAUUUCCAGAACUGAAAUCCAUUCAACACAAUCACGUCUUUUCCGUAAGUAUAGUUGGCAUUUUGGUUCUCAUCAGGAGAUGUUCUUGCAUGGAAGGAAAUGUAGUUCUAGUUUCUCUGGAGAGUUGUUCAUAAACCUCCACAUUAAAUAAAACCGUAUUUACCUUCUUCACUUACUUCAAAAUGUGAUGAGCGCUGAAAGAGAAGUCUACGCUACCUGAGGCAAAAAAUAUCCUAACUUGGAGAAAUGUUCCUUGUCAUUGAUGUGUUUUCUGUCUGCAACCCGAUGAGACGCCAUUUCUUUGUCUUUAAACUUUCUGUUGAGCCUUGAAUGAGUUUUUUUGUUAAAAAUAACAUACUUAAUAUAAACAUAGAACUACUGAUUUCCAUGUUUACUUUUUGUCAUUGACACACUUUUUCGCUGUUGAUUCUAAUAUUUCAUUGAAUUUCAUGUAAUAAAUUAGCAUAACAUUGUUUAUUUUAAUAGAAAAUAUUUGCCUAUUCUAUUAAAGACAAGUUCAUUUGAAAUGUAUUUUUGCCCACUGUCAAAUUUGACUGAAAUGGACUCUAUUAUUAUUUAAUACAAGACACAUAAAUGUGGUCAGUCAGCCUGGCAAAGAAUUGGGAUAUGGAACAGGAUUAAAGCCCCCAGCGUUUUAUAA